UAGCUAGGAGAGGUGGAACAGAUGAGGCAUUAAUAUUGAAUGUACGAACACACAAAUUGAGAGGUGGUUCAUUCAAAGCACAGAGAAGUUGUUGGCCUUUCAAAGAUACAUUGCCCAACAAACAAUCGUCAUGAAACUACAACAAACGUCAGUUUCAUCUUUCUUUUAACUGCAUUUGUUAGUUACCUAAGAGUUAGACGGCAUCUGUUUCUGCUACUUUUUCUGUCCUGAGGAAGAAUGAUUGAAGCUGAUAAUCAUGUGAUGACUCACUCUUUCAGCUUUACAACACACUUCCAUCUUCUAAAGUGAUAUAUAAUAAACCCUUACUUUCUUUCUUUCUUUCUUUUUCCUUUUUUUUUUUGUUUUGUUUUCCUUUUAUCUCAAUUCAUAAUAAUAGAAAAGGCCAAACAAAAAGAUGAAGGAUAUGAAGAUGCAGAGCAGCUCUGAAACGAUGAUGACCAGAAUCCCCACUCCAGAUCCUCACAAUACCGGUGUACGAGAAGAUGCAAUGGACACAGUCUGCAAACCCUGGAAGCUUUAUGAAAAUCCAUACUACUGCUCUUCUCUGUCUCAACAGCAUCAGCACCAACGCAAGGCAUUUAUUUGGGAUCUAAACUUCAUAAAGAUCUUCAUGGAAUCUGAACUAGGAAAAGCUCAAGACGAGAUCCAGGAAUUGAAGGCAGAACUGGACUAUGAGAGGAAAGCUCGAAGGCGCGCAGAGCUGAUGAACAAGAGGCUGGCUAAAGAUGUGGAGGAGGAGAGAAUGGCUAGAGUAGCGGAGGAGAUGCAAAACAAGCGGCUCUUCAAAGAGUUAUCGUCUGAGAAGUCAGAGAUGGUUCGGAUGAAACGUGAUCUUGAAGAAGAGAGACAGAUGCACAGGUUGGCAGAGGUUUUGAGAGAAGAGAGAGUUCAGAUGAAGCUGAUGGAUGCAAGGCUUUUCUUGGAGGAGAAGCUAUCUGAAUUAGAGGAAGCUAAUAGACAAGGAGAGAGGGAGAGGAAUAGGAUGAUGAAACCAAAGAUACUGGAGAGAGCCUGUAGCUCACCGGCUAGGAGGAGCUGCGAGAAUCCGCAAAUAAAGAGAGGAAUCAAUCCGUUCCCAAGAGUGAUGAGAGCAAUAAGAUCAAAGAGUGAGAAAUGGGGUUCAAAGCUGGAGUGCCAAAAGGUUCAGCUAAAAAUUCUGCUCAGACAAAAGACCACCCCAAGAUGUACUCCUCUUCUCUCCUCUCCUCCUCCUCCUUGAUACUGUAUGCUUGUUAUUUGUCCGUCUCGCACAAUCUUAAUAAUUCACAUCUAAGACUGAAGAUGUACUAAUAAGAUUCUAGCUCUUUGUCUGUCCGUUAGAUAACAUUUUCUUCA